UUUGUGGGAUUUAAUAAGUUAAAGAUAUAUGCGGUGGACAUUGAUUUUGUUAUAUAUGCUCAGAGGAAGCCGUCAUCACUGAUAACCCUUGCUGCCCUGUCAUUUGUGUUUCGUGUCGUAGCGUGCGGUACCUGUGCAUGCCAGAACUGGCAGACGAAACCUACCGCCCUACAUUAAACUUACGUUUCGCUAUGGCUUCCAAGAGAAACUGGCUGGGACUCUUUCUUAUGGGAGCUAUAAACAAUCUGCCAUAUGUUAUUGUGAAUUCUGCAGCCAGUUCUAUUGCCAGCAGCUUUGGUGUGAGGAACUUUGUAGGACUGGUGUUUGGUGCUAAUGUCUCUCUCUCUGUUUUUGUGAAAUGUUUGAAUACCUUUCUUCUGCUCAAUGUGUCCUACCGGAUAAGGUUUCUUGUCAAUGGCUGCCUGAUGCUGAUUGGUCUGUUUGGUGUUGCAUACGCCACAAGUUUUGGAUUUGCCAUAGGUUGCAUUGUUAUUGUGGGAUCAAGUUCAGCCUUUGGUGAAAAUGUUACCCUAGGAUACCUGCACAAGUUUCCCAGUAAGCUGGUCAACGCCUGGUCCAGUGGCACAGGGAUGGCUGGUGUUCUAGGAUCAAGCUUGUUCAUCAUUUUUGACUGCUCUGUGGGCACAGAGUCGGGAGAUGAGCAACAGCUGCGCCGCCUCAACAAGAUGGCCUUCCUGUUGACGACCCCUGUGGUGCUGAUUUAUUGGCUGGCUUACUUUGUGGUCAUCCAUGAGCCUGGUUACUCACCUGACCUGUUCAGUCGGACCAACAUCAACGUGCAGCAUGCCCAGGUGGAGGACUCAGAGGAUGCCCCCUUACUGGCUGGACAGAUUCCCACAAAUGACUCAGAGGUGAUAGAGGAGAGCAGAUGUCACAGAUAUAUCAGGUGUUUAAAACUUAUUCUUUGGCUUGCCUUAAAUAUGUCUGCAGUGUAUCUGUUUGAGUAUGUAGCCAGAGCAUGCGCUGCCAAAGUCAGACCUCCACAGGAGUACAAUCAUGGCUGUCCAGAACUUUAUGCUGCUCUACAGUUCUGCUAUCAGGCUGGAGUUUUUGUGUCUCGGUCCUCAGUGCAGCUGGUUCAGAUUCGCAGAGUAGAUGUCCUCUCAGCACUGCAAUUAAUCAACAUGGUUGUGUGGAUCACGGAUGUCCAUUACAAGUUCAUUCCAGUGUAUCUGCUGCCAGCAUUGAUGAUCUAUGUGGGACUUUUAGGUGGCGCCUCCUAUGUUAAUAUAUUCUAUCUGCUUCUAAAUGAGGAGAAGUAUCCACCCAGGGACAGGGAGCUGUGUGUCAACCUGGCUGCCUUGUUUGUGACACUGGGUAUUGCCCUGGGAACAGGCCUGGAGACACUACUGUUCACCACUGUAUUAAAAUCUGACUGAGAUAUUGUUACACACAGAGUUUGUCUUGGUGAGAUUCGAGUCCAGUGCUAUCUGGUGACGUCUUGUCUGUCCAUUCUUGAAGG